AUGGCACCCCAUCGGAGUUGGGUAGAAGCUGAAGAUAACGUAUUGGUUGAUAUAUUGACGGAACUUACGCUCGAUGGCAAGUGGAAAAGUGAUACCGGAUUUAAAUCGGGCUACUUGAAAGUUAUUGAGCAGAAACUAACUGAGAAACUACCAACUUGUGGGUUAACUACUACCAACAUCGAUUCUAGAAUAAAGACUUUGAAGAAACAUGCGAUGGCCAUCAAUGAAAUGGUAACUAUUGGCAGUGGGUUUGAAUUUGAUUAUAUCAACAACAAGCUUGUGUGCGAAAAAAGUUUAUUUGAUGACUGGGCUAAGUCUCAUACAAAUGCAAAGGGACUGUAUGGGAAAGCAUUCCCUCAUUUAGAUGCAUUAGUUGAGAUAUUUGCUGAAGAUAGGGCAAAUGGUAAAGGGGCUGCUUCACUUGCUGAAGAACUAGAAGAGAUCGAGAAAGAAGACGAACAAGAAAAGGAAGAAGAAAAUGAUCAGCAACAGAGUAAUCAGUCCGAGUCAAACAGUGGUAAAGGUAGAAGGAAAAGGGUACGUUCAUCAUCCUUUGACAUUGUAUCCGGUGAAUCAAGUGGAGAUUCAAAUGGCCUUAGUUUGAUGGCUAAUUCGUUUAGCAAAUUUGUGACGGGUACACUUGAUCACUUUGAAGCGGUUCGUGUGUCCCUUACUCAAGAAGCCGAUGUCAAUAAACGCUUGUUUGAGGAGUUGAAUAAGAUAGAUGGCCUCAUUGAAGAUGAGGUGAUAGAUACCGCCUCUAUUAUUCUAGAUUCAUCUACAAAAACAAAGGUUUUCUUCGGCAUGGGGGAAGAAAAACGAUCCAACUAUGUGAAGAACAAGAUUCUUAAGUAA